AUGACUGCAGAACUCGAGAGUGUAGACAUUCCUUCAAACGCCGUACAGCAAAUCGAACUCCAAAGUUUACUCAAUGGACUCAACGCUAGUAACGUUGAAGACAUGGCUGGUCAGAUACUUAAUUCCUCUUUUAUCAAGAGCUCAGCAAUGAAAUACGAGCUUUGUUCAGAGUUAAAGAUCAUCCAUCGUAUCAGACCAUUAUUAACACCCUGCUUCUCAAAGCUAAUUAAACUGUUGUCCGAAAAAAUGCCUCGCUUCGAUGUUGUUUCACAUGUAUUCGAAGCAGAGCGUCCAAUCUUCCAUCCAGAUAUCAUUUUAAUGCACCAAUGCUUCCAGGAUGGCAUAAUUUCCUCUGAUUUUGUUGUCAAUUUUCACAAGCAUUUACUUAACCGAACAAUACCUUUUGCCCUUUACUUUGCUCCUUACAUUAAGUACUUUGAUGACUACAUUCUUUCAAAGAAGACAUGCAACGACGAUCGUUUCCAAGAAGUUUUCAAGAACUACAGUAUUUAUCGCGAAAACGACUUCGCCUUACUUCGUAACUACAUUGAGUAUGGCUGGAAAAUAAAUUCCCUUGGUUUUUACCUUAAAUACGAUGACGCCGAAAACUUCAUCUACAAACACAAUGACAUGAGGAUCGAUCUCAAUACCACAUUGUACUCCCCAUUCGAACACAUCCUCGAUGGUCAAACUUCCAUUAUAAACCUUGCAGCUCUGUAUGGUUCUGUCUCCAUCUUCAAGUACCUCAUUGUUUCUUAUGUAGCAUUACCAAAAGACCUUACAGAGUUCGCUGUAAUCGGCGGCAACUACGAAAUCAUCAGAAUCUGCACACAAUCAGGUUUAGAUUUCUCAUCCGCAAUUACAGCAGCAGUUGAGUAUCACAGGAACGAUAUUCUCAACUGGCUAACAGUCCAAGGCAUUGCUGCUUCUACAUUUUACUCAAGCGUCAUGAAGGACAACUUAUUGGCCUUGAUUUAUUUCAUUUCUCAAGGUUUCAGCGUUGACUUCAACGAGAACGAGUGGUCCACACCAUUACACAUGGCAGUUACAUACGGAUCUAGCGCUGUCAUCGAUUUCUUGAUCUCAUCCGGCUGUGAUUGGAAGGCCGUAGAUGAGAAUGGCUGGAGACCACUCGAUCUCGCUGACUCUGAGUAUCAGAAGCACUUUAUCAACGACUGCAUCAAUCGCGAACUUUUGGCAUAG